AUGGUGCUCUUGUGGCUCCUCAGCGAGACCGCCUUCUCAAACAUGGACGACCGCGUGCUCCGCCUGGCGCGCACGGCUCGAUUGCUUCGUCUGGUCCGGGUGAUCCGUAUGAUUCAUGGCUUCGACUCCCUGUACUUGAUGAUGACGGCGAUGAGAGGAAGUGUAGCCGUCCUCUUUUGGUCCUUCAUCUUGCUCCUGGUUGCGCAGAUUAUGAUAGCUUUUCUCUUGAACGAGAUUCUGAGCGCCACUUACUUGACAGAUGAGACUUACCCAAUGGAGGACCGGAAAAAGGUCUUCGCCUAUUUCGGCACUUGCUCCAGGGCCAUCCUGAGCAUGUUCGAGUUGACAUUGGGCAACUGGCCAGAGAUCGCACGGAUUCUGCAGGACAAGGUGAGUGAGUGGUACUUCCUGUUCUCCAUCGCGCAUAAAGUGACGAUCGGGUUCGCAGUGAUCGGUGUCAUCAACGGCGUGUUCAUGCAGGAGACCUUCAAGGUUGCAGGCUCGGAUGACAAGAUCAUGAUGCGCCAACGAGAGCGAGAGCGCAAGCUUCACACCAAGAAGAUGAAAGUCCUGUUCGAGCACGCCGAUGAGUCUGGGGAUGGCAUACUGGACAUUGACGAGUUCCGUCAAGUGAUGAAAAAUCCAGCAGUGCGGACUUGGCUGGCGGCACAGGACCUUCACAUGAACUCACCGGAAGCGUCCGAUCAGCUCUUCCGGCUGUUAGAUGAUGGCGACGCCGCCCUGACGGCCCAAGAGCUGGUGGAGGGCGUGGCCAAAUUGAAAGGACCCGCCAAGAGCAUGGACCUCGCUGUGUUUAGCCUGGAGUUCAGGAAGUUCAAAGAGGACGUGGGCAGGUUGGGCGAACUGGCGGAGAAGCUCAGUGGCUCGGUUGAACGUAAGGCAUUGGCUGUAGCAAUCUGGGCCUUGCAAACAACAGGAAAACUUCACCUGUGUCUUCGAAGCAUUCGAAGCCCGGUGUUCUGGAAGGACUCUGAGGAGGAGUAUGACAGUGGGAGUCCGAGCCUCCGUGCGCUAAGUCGGAGGCCUGCGGCUUUAAAGGCCCUUGCCAAGGCGCAUCUUAAAGUCUUAAUGCAGGGUCUUUUGAGCCCUGCGCACCCUCGCCAGAACCGACUGGGCGGUGCCUGUUGCACCGCUUGCGACGAGGUGCUGAUUGCGGAUGCUCUGCAGGGCUGGGUCAGGAUCAUGCUCUCCAGCAUCCUCUUGCAUGAUGGGACGAGCCUACUCUCGAGUUGGUGGCAGAGGGGACUUGUGAACCGUUGGCAAAGGGAAGCAGUCAGCCUUGCGGGUGGUGGUGAAGACAGACCGUUCAGCCCUGAGAGUUAUCCUCAAGCAGCGGUGGCCAUCCAAUCUAAGGAGAUUCUGUGUGAAGCCAAGAGGCCCAGUCCGGAGUUCGCCACACGAGGUGGCGUAAGCAUGAUGACUGGAUUGGUUAACAAACAAGGUAACCUCGGAGCUCAGUUGGGAGGCCCUAGUGAAGAGUGCUGCUGCAACCUCCCGAGAAUCAUUGAAUCCCUCUCGGACCUGAGAAGCAUUGCAGUCCUUCUCAUCCGAACGUCGCGCCAGUGGCUCAUGAAAUCCGACGGAGUUGGCUCCAAGUCGGUCUUCGCGAGGUGUGCCGCGAUCAUUCCUGUUUACAUCGACAGGAACAAGAAGGAGAUCCAAAUCUUCAACGUUUGGUGCCCAGAGAAGAAGAAGCGCCACUGGGCCUUCUUAGAAGGCGACAUCCUACGAGGCGCAGAUCGUCACAUCUACGACACGUGCCGCCGCAUUUUCAAUAGCCAGGUCGGGCGUCUGUUUGGCAAGCCAUGGUCUGGUUGCUUUCUGUCCGAGCUUCCCGAGGUAGCCGGUACGGAGCUGAAGGAUCCUUCCAUCUGCACCUUUGUGAAGCUGGAGCAGGAUGGUCACCGUUAUCCCUGCCGGCCUCACUUUUUCCUCCAGGUCACGGAGGAUUUUUACGAGACGACCAGAUGUUAUGAGGAUGCCAGUGGGGUGAUCAAGCUCCCUGCGCCAGAGGACGACUUCGUGAAGUGGGACGAUCUGGCCUCGGCCCGCCGGGUGCACUUGGAUGGCACCUUCUUCAUGGAGCACGACGAGGCGCGCUGGGUCGUCAUGGAGUACGAGACCGGCAAGCUGAUGGCGAUGCGGCUUCCUGUUCGUGCCUGGGCUUCUUCCAUCGGCCACGUCGUCUUCCCCGACAAGGGCGACGGGCCACCAGGCGGAGGCUGCGCGGACCGAGGAGACGUCCGAGCACACCCUGCAGGGCCUCUUCGUGCUUUGACCCAGAACGGGAGUCCGGAGUCUUCCCCUCCAAAAAGGAAAGCAGAAGCGUGUAGUGAAAGUCACGGCGUGCCGAAUGCCAAAUCCUUACAUCGAAUCAAGGGCGGCGUCGCGCUGGGCCUGCUGCUGAGCGUGGCCUCGGCCUCCCCGGUCCUGGCAGAGGAGGCGGCGGCCGACUCGGCAGCACCGGCCGCGCCCGCGGCCAAGGAGAGAAAGGACCUGUGGCCGAAGGAGCUUUCGGAUGACGAGAUUCUCGCCAAGGGUUGUGACAUCCGCGUGGACUGCAAGACCCAGGAGGAGCAGUUCCGUUGGGCCAAGGCCUACUACAGGAAGUACAACCGAGAGACCGAUGGCAAGGACCCCAAGUACUCCCAGGCCAGCACUGGUGCCGGUACCUACCGCAAGUACAAGGUCGACCUCUACAUUGAAAACCCGGGUAUUGCGGACACCACUGACGGCACCUACCAAAUCAACCCGGCGGCGACAGCAUUCGAGCCCAUCUGGAAGGAGUACAACAAGCAAGUCAAGGCCCGAAUCGAGAGCGUCUACGGCCAUUCUGACGAGCCCAUCCGCUGGAACGGCGACUACUGCGACAACAAGCUGAGCCCCUACAAGACCGCCAACUGCAUCGGCAUCUACAACAAGUGA